CCUGCGACUAGUUUCGCGCUGGUCUGUGAAAUCGCCGGUGGCCAGCGAUAUGUUGAUUUUGAGGUUACUCUUGGGGGUGUUCUUAUCCUCAGUAUCCGCGAGUGAGGGGCCACAGGUGGCGAUCAGUGAUGGGAUGCUACAAGGGUUGUACAUGAGAACCAAGGGUGGAAGGAAGUUUUCUGGAUUCAUGGGCGUUCCUUACGCGGAACCGCCUGUUGAAGAUUUGAGAUUUCAGCCACCGGUUCCAGCAAAACCAUGGCAUAAAGUACGUGACGCAACUAAAGUGCAUGCUGUGUGCCCCCAAAGAGAUGUAUACAGGAGAUCAACAGUUAUCGAAGGAGAAGAAGACUGCCUUUAUUUAAAUGUUUAUACACCAAAGUUGGAGAAAUUCCAAGAUAGCGAAAAAUUGCCUGUUAUGAUAUUCUUCCACGGAGGAGGAUGGUUGUGUGGAAGUGGUAACGGAAUGUGGUAUGGUCCAGAAGUUUUGCUGGAUAAGGAUGUUGUUCUCGUCGUUACCAAUUACAGAUUGGGUGCGUUAGGAUUCCUAACGACAGGAGACGAAGUUGUACCUGGAAAUAAUGGCCUCAAGGAUCAGAACUUGGCGUUGCGUUGGAUUCAAAAUAAUAUUAAGUUCUUUGGAGGAGAUCCAGACAGUGUUACGAUAUUUGGAGAGUCAGCAGGUGGGGCAAGCGCUCAGUUUCAUAUGUUAUCUCCUCUCAGCAGAGGUCUUUUCAAAAGGGCAAUUAUGCAAAGUGGCACAGCUUUCUGUACUUGGGCGUUAUCAGGGAAAGACGAGGUCUUGACGAACUCAAAGAAGUUAGCGAAACUCUUCAACUGCCCAACAGACUGUAGUAAAAAGAUGGUAGAGUGCUUGAAGAAAGUAGAAGCUAAACAUUUUAUUGAACAAGAUGUAAAAUUCAUGCUUUGGGACUACGACCCCAUGAUUCCGUUCAAACCAGUAAUCGAGCCAAAACUGGAUGGUGCUUUCUUGACUGAACAUCCAAUAAAACUGAUAACAGCUAAUAAAUAUGAAAAUAUACCAAUUAUGGUCGGUAUUAAUACAGAAGAUGGAGGUCUCAAAGUUGCUGGAAUGAAUUCACAGUUGAUUAAAGAAUUUGAUGAAAGGUUUGAUGAACUUGCUCCAAUGAGUUUAGAAUACGACAAAUUCUUUGGCGAUGUAGAAACCGUAACACGGAAUUUGAGAAAGUAUUAUUUCGGCAAAGACAAGAUUGACGAAACGAAGAUAAAGGAGUUGAUCGAUUUGUAUACGGAUGGUUGGUUCAUGGAUGCUGCUGAUACUGCAGUUAGGCUUCACCAUAAACAUUCAACACAACCAGCAUAUUACUAUCUCUUUGGAUACAGGGGUAGUGCCAGUUUCACAAAGAUCUUCGGAGGAGGAGACACAGACUUUGGUGUCUGCCAUGCAGACGAAUUGCAGUACCUCUUUCCAGUUGGUGAUGGAUUAUUCCCUGAUGUCAAACCUUCGAAAACUGAUAAGAAGAUAACAAAUAUCAUGACGACUUUAUGGACGAACUUUGCUAGAACGGGGGAUCCUACACCAGAAGCAACUGCAGAUAUUUCGGAAAGAUGGAAACCAUACACAGCUAAAUCAGAGAACUACUACCACAUAGAUGGAAAUUCCACAAUCAACAAGUCGGGACUAUUGCUUGAUCGAGCGCUCCUGUGGAGAUCGUUUACUAGAAGCUAUGACAAAAAAUACAUCAAAGACGAACUAUGAUUGUAUUUGUGUAGAUUCAUUGUAAAGCAGUAUUAUUUUAUAUCCGUUAUGUGCAUAGAGUUUUAUUCUAUUUAUAAUAUGCAAUUGUUUCAUUUUUCAUUUCCUACCUUCAGUAACGCAAGCGUGAAAAAUCAAUAGCAGUUAGUAAAAUGAUCCGCAAGGCAUGGAAAAAUAAAGACAAAGUUUAAGGUGAUAACUAGAUACCGCAUUUGCAUAUUAGUAUAUAGUCGAAAUCACGAAAGAUGACGAUUACGUCAUCAUUUUAGUCUGUAGUAAAGUAGUUGUAACUGUAUUGCUAAUUUGCAUGUAUCCGACAAAGAUAGACGAUGUUUUCAUGUUGCAUGAUCGAUCAUAUUUGAAAGCUGAAAUAGUUAGGUUAUGUUAAAGCAGGUUAGGUUGUUUUCGAACAAUACUUUCGUCUUAGGUAUACCUGUCUUAAGGUAUUCUACUCAUAACUGUUUUUUUUUCAAAACAAAAGCUCCCCACUAAAAUUAUUAUUA